ACCCACACACCAAUACAUACACAAACCCCCAUAAAUAUUCACACACAUGCUCAAUAAAAACUAAACAAAAAACUCCUCUCAACCAAUGGCUUCCAAGCUUCUGCUUCUUUCACUCUUCACUCUCUUUGUACUACCCAGCUCAGUGCUCUCUCUGUGCAAAAACCCACCAGUCAUUUUCAACUUCGGAGAUUCAAAUUCUGAUACAGGAGGAUUAGUUGCAGGCCUUGGCUACACUGUUAAUUUGCCUAAUGGGAGGACUUUCUUUCGUAGAUCUACUGGCAGACUCUCUGAUGGUCGCCUCAUUAUUGAUUUCCUCUGCCAAAAUGUAAAUACUAGUUAUCUGAGCCCAUACUUGGAAUCAAUGGGGUCCACAUUCUCAAAUGGAGCAAACUUUGCAAUAGUAGGUUCAUCAACCCUCCCUAGAUAUGUACCCUUUGCCCUGAAUGUUCAGAUUAUGCAGUUCCUUCGAUUCAAAAGCCGGUCACUUGAACUUGUUACUGCAGGUUCACAACGUAUGAUUGGUGAUGAAGAUUUCCGCCGUGCACUUUAUGUGAUCGAUAUAGGCCAAAACGAUCUGGCUGAUGGAUUCAAAAAGAACCUUUCAUAUGCACAAGUUAUCAAAAGCAUCCCUUCUAUACUAAAAGAGAUCGAGAUUGCCGUGAAGACACUAUAUGAUCAAGGUGGCAGGAAUUUUUGGGUGCACAACACUGGUCCACUGGGAUGUCUCCCUCAAAAACUUUCCAUGGUUGAGAAAACUUCCGGAGAUCUUGAUCAACAUGGAUGCAUUUCAAGAUACAACAACGCUGCAAACCUGUUCAAUGAAGGACUACACAACCUAUCCCAAGGAUUAAGAUCUGAACUGAAGGAUGCUACUGUUGUAUAUGUCGAUAUUUAUGCCAUCAAGUAUGAUCUCAUAGCCAACUCUAGCAAAUACGGUUUCUCAAGUCCGUUGAUGGCUUGCUGCGGAUAUGGUGGACCUCCAUACAAUUACAAUAUCCAUAUGACAUGUGGUCAACCUGGUGCUCAGGUCUGCGAUGAAGAAUCUAAAUUUGUUAGCUGGGAUGGAAUCCAUUACACUGAAGCAGCCAACAACAUUGUAGCCUCAAAAAUUCAAUCAAAUGCUUUUUCAACACCACAGGUCGCCUUCGAUUUCUUUUGUCAUUGAUGUACUUUUAGUUUAUUGUCCAAUAUGCAUCAUUGUGAUGUCUAUAAAUUAUCAGAAGGUUUAAUGAAAUUUUUUGAUAGAAAAAACCUUCAUAUCAAAAGCUCAUUGUC